AUGGGUAGAGAUUUACUUUGCAAACUUAGAGCACAGAUAUUCUUUGAUGAAAAGGGAUCCGUAGGAGUAAAAUAUGGCAAUGUGAACUUAGAAAUUCCUAGGGAAGAGGCUUGGAGAAUCAUGGUGGUGCAGGAAGUCUCAGGAGACAAAUGGAGGGAGUUCCGGGUUCCUGAGCUGUGGGCGGAAGAUAACCCCCCUGGUUUUGCUGCUCACCACACCCCUGUCAUUGUUGAGGAACUACCAAUGAGCCGUCCUGUAUGCAUCCGCCAGAGGGGGUACCCAAGAGAAAUUGUGCAGGCUAUUCAGGAAGUCAUACAACUGUAUUUGACUUAUAAGAUUCUAGUACCCACUGACUCACCAUGGAAUUCACCGAUUCUACCUAUACCAAAAGGGGGAGGAAAAUAUCAAAUGGCUCAGGAUCUUCGUAGGGUUAACAGUUCAACAGUCACAAUUUAUCCCACGUUGCCAAAUCCUUAUGUGUUGCUUGGAUUAAUUCCACCAGAAGCUAAAUGGUUUUCAGUUAUUGAUUUAAAAGAUGCCUUCUUUUCUAUACCCAUUCAUAAAAAAAGCCAGCACUUGUUUGCCUUUGAAUGGGAAAAUCCAACAACAGGGAGGAAACAGCAAUAUACUUGGACACGCCUCCCACAGGGAUAUAAAAAUUCGCCAACGCAUUUUAGUGCGGCGUUAGCGACGGACUUGGAAAUUCUAGAUUUGCCUGCUCCUGAUGUUGUGUUACAAUAUGUGGAUGAUCUUUUGGUGACAGGGCAAACAGAAGAGGACUGUCAUGCUAAUACUGCAUCCCUCCUACUUCUGUUACAAGAAAAAGGCUAUAAAGCUUCUAGGGCCAAAGCACAAUUGGUCCAAUUGAAUGUUAGGUAUUUGGGAUAUGAUAUCCAGCAAGGGCAAAGAACUUUGGGACAUGAAAGAAAGGAAGCCAUUUGUCAAUUACCAGCCCCAAGAAAUAGGAAGGAAUUAAGAGGCUUUUUAGGGGCAGCAGGAUUUUGCCGCAUUUGGAUUCCUAACUUCGCCUUGUUAGCAAAGCCACUUUAUGAAGCUACAAAAGGGAAUGAAAAGGAACCUUUGCGAUGGGAAAAAGAGGAACAGAAAAGUUUUUUGAACUUAAAACAUGCUUUGACUCAAGCCCCGAGUCUGGGAUUGCCUAAUUUAGAUAAACCCUUUCAUUUAUUUGUGGACACUAAACAGAAUAUGGCUGUGGGGGUGUUAACUCAGAAGAUGGGAACGUGGUAUCGACCAGUGGCAUAUUUGUCAAAACAAUUGGAUCAGGUAGCAAAAGGGUGGCCCUCUUGUCUUAAGGCUGUAGCAGGCACAGCUUUACUUACUCAGGAAGCAAAUAAGCUUACUUUUGGACAGCAAUUAAAUAUCUACACCCCCCAUGCUCUUCGAGCUGUCCUAGAUCAGAAAGGUCAUUUGUGGCUUACCAAUCCACGUAUGUUGAAGUAUCAGGGGCUUAUUACCCAUAACCCCCUCAUCAAACUUGUUCAGUCAUAUGCUUUGAAUCCUGCCACUCUAUUACCUGAACCAGACUCUGAGAUCUCUCAUGAUUGUCUGCAAACUAUUGAGGAAACCUAUGCAAGUCGGCCAGAUUUGAAGGAUGAACCCUUUUCCGACCCGGAUGCAACCCUUUUUACUGAUGGAACCAGUUUUAUCCAUGAAGGUGUAAGAAAAGCAGCUUAUGCCAUAGUUACUCUUGAGGAUGUGUGGGAAGCUAAGCCCUUACCUGCAGGAACUAGUGCUCAGUUGGCAGAAUUACAUGCACUCACUAGGGCAUUAGAAUUAGCAAAAGGUCUACGUGUCAACAUUUACACAGACUCAAAAUAUGCCUUUCUUACAGUUCAAGUGCAUGGAGCUUUGUACAAAGAAAGAGGUCUUAUUACAGCAGGAGGAAAGGACAUUAAAUAUGGACCCCAAAUUAUGCGUCUAUUGGACAGUGUGUGGUCCCCCAAACAAGUUGCCAUUAUGCAUGUACGAGGUCAUCAGAAGGGGAUUUCAACAGCUGAAAGAGGAAACCACAAGGCUGACCAGGUGGCUAGGGCAGCAGCUUUGGAUCCAUUCUCCUUGCAAGCUAACUGUCUUACUUUGUGGAUCCCGAACCAAGAAGAUGAACCCCCCUCAUAUAGCCACUCGGAAGUCCAGCAAGCUGAAGCUAUAGGGGCAGAACUGGUGAAUGGGUGGUGGACUCUGCCGGACAACAGGGUGUUUGUACCUCAGCAGUUAGCAUGGGAGGUUGUUUCUUCCCUACAUAGGCAUUUACAUUUAGGAAAGACAGCUUUGAGAAAGGCUUUGACGAGGGAAGUCUAUAUUAACAAUUUGUCUAGUUUAGCAGCUGCUGUUUGUUCUCGAUGUCAGGUGUGUGCUGCUAAUAACCCACGUCAGGGCCCAAGUCUUCCCCCUGGGCACCAACCUAGGGGGGCUUAUCCUUUUGAUUAUUUAAUGAUUGAUUUUACGGACAUGCCGAAAGUGGGAUCGUAUACUGCUAUGUUAGUUGUUGUUUGCACAUACACAGGGUGGCCUGAAUGUGUUCCCACUAGAACGAAAAAGGCUUUGGAGGUAACUCGAACUCUGUUAAAUGUAGUUAUUCCACGAUAUGGGUUGCCCUCACGUAUCUCUUCAGAUAAUGGGCCGGAGUUCAUUCAUGCAGCCACUCAGAAGGUUGCCCAGGUAUUGGGGAUUACCUGGAAGUUACACUGUUCUUUCCACGCUCAAUCGGCGGGCGUCGUUGAAAGGGCCAAUAGAACUAUAAAGAAUAAAUUGGCUAAAAUUUGUCAGGAAACUCAUCUAAAAUGGCCAGAUGCCCUCAGCAUGGCGUUGCUAGCCGUGAGAUGCACACCCACAGGGGAGUUGUGUGUCUCACCAUAUGAGUUAAUGUAUGGAAGGGUUCCUAAUUUGGUUAGUCCACAGGUGUUGCCCACUUCUCAAGUGGCCGACACAGUGAAAAUCAAACAGUUGCAAGCUUUGAAUACUGUUGUCCAUCAAUUACAAAAAUAUGUGCUGUCAUGUCGUCCUCAUGUGAUUGUAACUCCAGUACAUAAUUUCCACCCAGGACAGGAGGUCUGGGUGAAGGACUGGAAAAAGGUGCCUUUGGAAGCCAAAUGGUGUGGACCAUAUACUGUUGUUAUUUGUUCUCCCCUUGCUGUUAAGGUAGCUGAAAUUAAGCCUUGGAUCCAUUGGACACGCCUGAAAUUGGCUGCAACCCCGUGUGAGACUGUUUCCAAGGACUCUGUCCAGCCUCUACACCCUGCAAAAAGGAGAAGAAGAAGGAAGGACACCACCUCGCCUGCUGAUUCACGGGAAGCAAUCGCUCUACGGCCAGGUGGUGAAGACCCCUCUGCAGGUGUCGCUCCAGUGGAAAAACGGGCCACUGCCAAGGUCCUGACGCUUAUGGGACACACAGGAGAAGAACAUGAGUAUGUGGGGCUCAUAAGCAAUAGGGAGCCUGAUACUUAUGAAACUCCACAAAUGGUGACAGAGAAUUACCAGCAAAUCUUAGCUUUGGCCUUUGCUGUAAAGGAAAUCAAUGAAAAUCCUAGGAUGUUACUAAAUAUUACACUGGGGUUCAAUAUUUUUGACAGCUAUUUAAGUUCCAAAUGGACCUAUCAUGCUGCAAUACAAUUUCUCUCUUCAAAAAACAAUCUUGUGCCCAACUACAAAUGUGGCAUCCAGGAUACUCUCUUGGCAGUAACUGAAGAUCUGACUUCUGAACGCUCCUAUCGGAAACCCAAUAUUUUGGGCAUCUACAAGAUUCCACAGGUGGGAUAUUUCUAUGUAGAGAAGGAGACAGAAAAUACAUGA